UUGUGAUGAUUUUUCAAUCUUUUCUACUAGGUAAUCUAGUAUCCUUAUGCAUGAAGAUAAUCAAUUCGAUCGUUGUGGUCGGACUCUAUUAUGGAUUUAUGACCACAUUCUCCAUAGGGCCCUCUUAUCUCUUUCUUCUCCAAGCUCUGGUUAUGGAAGAAAGAACCGAGAAGAAGGUAUCAACAACAACUGAUUUUAUUACGGGACAGCUCAUGAUGUUCAUAUCAAUCUAUUAUACGCCUCUGCAUCUAGCAUUGGGUGGACCUCAUACAAUAAAUGUCUUAGCUCUACCAUAUCUUUUGUUUCAUUUCUUCUGGAACAAUCACAAACACUUUUUUGAUUAUGGAUCUACUAUCAGAAAUUCAAUGUGUAAUCUCAACAUUCAAUGUGUAUUCCUGAAUAAUCUCAUUUUUCAAUUAUUCAACCAUUUUAUUUUACCAAGUUCAAUGUUAGCCAGAUUAGUCAACAUUUAUCUCUUUCGAUGCAACAACAAGAUCUUAUUUGUAGCAAGUGGUUUUGUUGGUUGGUUAAUUGGUCACAUUUUAUUCAUGAAAUGGCUUGGAUUGGUAUUAGUCUGGAUACGGCAAAAUCAUUCUAUUAGAUCGAAUAAGUACAUUCGAUCUAAUAAGUACCUUGUAUUAGAAUUGAGAAAUUCUAUGGCUCGGAUCUUUAGUAUUCUCUUAUUUAUUACCCGUGUCUACUAUUUAGGCAGAACAUCCUCACCUAUUCUUACUAAGAAACUGAAAGAAGACUCAAAAAUAGAAGAAAGGGUGGAAAGUGAGGAAGAAAAAGAUGUAGAAAUAGAAACUGCUUCCGAAAUGAAGGGGACUAAAUAGGAACAAGAGGGAUCCACUGAAGAAGAUCCUUAUCCUUCUCCUUUCCUUUUUUCGGAAGAAGGGUGGGAUCCAGACAAAAUCAUGAAACGAAAGAAAUCUGAGUGAAUGGAAAGGACAAAAUAAAGGAUAAAUUCCACUCUCACCUUACAGAGACAGGCUAUAACAAUAUUAAUACUAAUAAUCGUCCAAUUUAUGAUUAUCAUGAUUCUUAU